AUGCAAUCAGAUGCUUUUGAUGAAAAAUGUCAUGUUCCUAUGUUAAGGAGUGAUAAUUAUAAAACUUGGAAGGAGUUGAUUUUCCUCCAAUUGGGAUGCAUGGAUUUUGACUAUGCUAUAAGGAAGGAUGAACCACUUGUGCCGACAGACAAUAGCACUCUGGGUGUAAUUGCGUUGUAUAAACGGUGGGAGCGAUCUAAUCGCUUGAGCAUGAUGUACAUUAAGAGACGUAUAUCUACUAGUAUCCGUGGUUCAAUCCCAGAUUGUGCACAUGUGAGAGAUUUGCUAAAGGCAAUUGAUGAUCAAUUUGAAUCUUCAGAUAAGGCUAUUGCUAGCACUCUCAUGACCAAAUUAUUAUCCAUGAAGCUCACAAGUGUUAAAAGUGUGCGAGAGCACAUCAUGAGCAUAAGAGACUUAGUGGCUCAACUUAAGGCUUUAGAGCAGAUAGAUUUUUAA